AUGGCCGCUGUUCCUCCUUUCUUCACUGUACACGACGACAUGGUCAUCUGUGGCAUUGACAAUGUCACCCUCUUCCAAGGACGCACACAAGCCGAGAGAAUUGCUUACGAAAUAUUCUCGGACGAUUUCACCACAACGAUGGACAGCACCAUUGACAAACUAAACGAAGAGUUCAAGACCCUCGCAGGAUUGACGAUUGCGCAAGGACAGAUACGCUUGAUGCCGGCUAUCAAAAAGAACAUCCGCGCAUUCAUCCAAUGGUGCAGAGACGAGAUUCGCAUGGGACGAGACCCUACCACAACGCCAUUCCCCGUCGUUGAUGCAGCCAAAUUGCUCAGACGCAUGAAAACACACGAUAGCAACACUCUUUUUAAGAAUACGAUUCGAUCUACAUUACUAUCUUUAACAUCUACUAAUUCGUAA